CAUCCAUAGAAUAAAGCAAAUUACAACUACCUACUCCACAGCGAAAUACAAAUCAAUUUAAACGUAUAAAUUUAGUUCUCCAAUAUGUCUGCCGAAAUUGAGGACCUACUGAAGCGCUACCAGAACUAUCCGAAUGUGGUUGGCAUUAUUAUUUUGGACCCGUUCGCCAUCCCCAUCAAGACGACCAUGGAGUACACCCUGACGGUGCACUACGCGGCCCUGAUCAGCACCCUGACCAGCAAGGCGGCCAAGAUGGUCACCAAUCUGGACGCGAGCAACGAGCUGAUGAACAUACGCCUGCGCACCAAGGUGCACGAGGUGAUUGUGCUGCCCUCCGAGAACUACAUCAUCAUCGUGGUGCAGAACCCGGGCAGUUGAUGAUCCAUCCCACACAUUGAUACUCCAAUAAACCACUCUCUUGCGUUGGGGCCCGACUGCAA